AUGCAUUUUUGGGCUCCAGUUGCGUUGCUCACAGCCGCGGUCGCGGCCCUACAUAACCCUCACCGGAAGGCUUGGAAGCAGGAGUCGGCGAAAAGUUUUCCCAAAAGGGAUAUCCAACAUUUCCAGACCAGCUACCAGUAUUUGAACAAAGAAACGGAGCGGUUCCUUGUCGAUGGAAAAAAUUUCCCACAAGUUGCGUUUGAUAUUGGUGAAAGCUAUUCUGGGCUUCUUGCCAACACGCCGCACGGAAACUCGAGCUUAUUUUUCUGGUUUUUCCCCUCUAACAAUCCAAAAGCCAACAAUGAGAUCACUAUCUGGCUGAAUGGAGGACCUGGGUGUAGCUCGCUUGACGGUCUCUUGCAAGAGAAUGGACCCUUUCUCUGGCAGUCUGGCACAUACGCACCUGUUCGAAAUCCGUACUCUUGGACGAAUCUGACAAAUGUCGUAUAUGUCGAUCAGCCAGCUGGGACCGGCUUCUCACCUGGCCCUCCUACUGUCCAAAGUGAGACUGACGUCUCACAUCAAUUCAAUGAUUUCUGGAAGAGGUUCAUUCAGACGUUCAGCAUGCAGGAUAACAAGGUGUACAUCACUGGAGAAAGCUAUGCAGGCCAAUAUAUUCCGUACUUGGCUGCUGGGAUGUUAGACCGCAAAGACACAACCUACUUCAACUUGAAAGGUGUUCAAAUCAACGACCCAUCCAUUAACGAGGACAGUGUGAUGAUCUACGGUCAGUCUUUUAUUCCCACGAAUUAUAUCGUUCGCUACUUACGCUAUAAACUUGACAGCCCCCGCGGUUCCGGCUUUGAAUCAUUUUUCCAAUGUUUUUCAAUUGAAUCAGACCUUCAUGGAACAUAUCAACGAUCGCGCCGAGGAAUGUGGAUACAACAACUUCCUGAACCAAGCGAUAACAUUCCCCCUCCCGAACACUUUCCGAUGGCACCAGAUCAAACUCAGAAGGGCUGCGACGUCUGGGACCAGAUUGUCAAGGCCGCGACCUACAUCAACCCAUGCUUCAACAUUUAUCAUCUGACAGAGUUCUGCCCAUUCCUGUGGGAUGAGAUGGGUUUUCCUUCUUUGGCUGGAGGCCCCAAUAAUUAUUUCAAUCAGUCUGCCGUGCAGAACGCGUUGCACGUCCCAUCGACCAAUUAUGCAGUUUGUGGUGAAUACAAUGUCUUUCCAGACGGAGAUGGUUCGAUUCCAAGCGCCCUUGGUCCACUACCAAGUGUCAUUGAGAGAACAAACAAUGUCUUGAUUGGCCAUGGCUGGUAUGAUUACUUGCUGUUUAUGAACGGAACUCUGGCCACCAUCCAAAACAUGACCUGGAAUGGUCUUCAAGGGUUUCAAAAGCCUCCGAUCGAGCCACUUUUCGUGCCGUACACCAACAAACUGAAUGAGAUAGCUAAUGGAAAUGAAGUAACCCCCUUUACAGCCAAUGCCGGGGCUGGUUUACUUGGAACAGCUCAUACAGAGCGUGGUUUGACAUUCAGCACCGUUUUCGGUUCUGGACAUGAAAUUCCUCAAUAUGUUCCUGGUGCUGCAUAUCGACAGCUCGAAUUCCUACUGGGUCGAAUCAAAAGCCUUCAGGAGGAGGGAUCAUUCACUACGAACUGGUAUCUCUGGAUUGGUCAAAUUAAGUCUUAUGCUAUUGCAAAAGGCGUAUGGGACUAUAUUGACCCCGACAAUCCAAUAAAGAGGGAUAUUCCUUCUUAUCCUAUUCGUCCUAGAGCUACUGAUAUUAACCCUAAAGCCCUUACCGAUGAAGACCUGACCACAAACGAGCGUGAAAGGUGGAGAGACAGACGAAGAGAUUAUGAACUUGACCUUCGCGAAUAUGACCGUAUUUCGGGUGCUAUCUCUCAGAUCUACCUUAUCAUUCAAUCAUCGAUCUCCUAUUCAAGCAAGCUUAUUAUUCAGCACCUACCGUCAGUUUAUGAAGCCUUGCAAACCCUCCAAAAGCGUUAUGCACCGACCACUGAAGCCCGAAAGCGGUCGGUCAUCAAGAAAUACCAUCAAAUGCACCGAAUUCCACACUCUUUGACCAUAGAUGUAUGGAUUUCACAAUGCGAGAACACUUAUGUGGAGGCUGUCCAAUUGGGUAUUGGUGAAGUCCAAUCAAAGACUAGACCACUUUUGGACUUCCUUGAUAGUCUAGCCUCUAUGUCUCCCUCCUUCGCCGAAUACUGGCAUAAUGAGAUCAAUCGGCUUGAAUCUAUAGGCCAAAUAGACUCUAUUGACUUCUUUACCUUGACAAAGAAGUAUAGGGAUUCUAUUAGGCUUAUUCCGCCUAAACGAGCCUCUUAUGUCAAUGCCACUUUUCGAGGACAAUCAGAAAAGGGCCAGGGCAAGAAGACUAAAAAGCCCUGUCCAUGUCAAGGGGGCGCCUAUGAUGGUUACCACACAUUCAGUGAUUGUCCUUAUAUCAACCCUUCAAUAAGGACAGAAGGUUGGAAACCAGACCAAACAGUCCUUGACCGCUUUAAACAAGCAUGCACCCAUUCAGGCUUUAAACAAGCCUACGACAAUGCUAUCAAGAAGCAUAAGCAGGGCCAGUCCGACACCCAUAUGGGUAUGGUCACUUGCCUAGCUUCUAAGUAUGAACGGUCUAAUUUGUGGGCAUAUGAUUCGGCCGCAGACACCCAUGUUUGCAAUGAUCGUUCUUAA